AUGACUGAAACCCACGAAUUACCGACCUUUAGAGAUGAAUUCCAGAUCCCUACAUUCAAGAGUCUAGGUAUUACUCCUCCUAAUGGGUUUACUGAAGACUCUCUGUCUGUUUACUUGGCAGGGAACUCCCUUGGCCUUAUGCCUAAGGCUACCAGAAAGGCAUUGGCAGAUGAGCUUGAUGCCUGGGCUGAGCGUGGUGUUGAAAGCCACUUCAACCAUCCUGGUGAAGGAAAUGGAAAGACCUCUUGGGUUGACAUUGAUCUUCCACUCAUUCCGGCGUUGGCUAACCUCGUUGGUGCUACUCAAAAGGAAGUGGCUGCCAUGGGCACUCUUACAUCCAAUUUGAAUGCCUUGCUUGUUUCAUUCUAUAAGCCACUGGGUAAAAAGACCAAGAUUAUGUUUGAGAAGAACGCUUUCCCAUCUGAUUACUAUGCUUUCCUUAACAUGGUUAAAUUGCAUGGCUACGACGAGAGCCAUUUGAUUCAGCUAGAAGUGAAGCCAGGGAAGAACCAUUUGCAAUUGGAUGACAUACUUGAAGCUAUAGAGACAUAUAAGGAUGAAAUUGCCCUCAUUUGUUUCCCUGGUAUUCAAUACUACACUGGCCAAUUCUUCAACAUACCUGAAAUCACCAAGGCUGGUCAGAAACAUGGUAUCGUUGUCGGCUGGGAUUUGGCUCACGCCGUUGGUAAUGUCCCCUUACAGCUUCAUGAUUGGAAUGUUGAUUUUGCCGCAUGGUGCUCCUAUAAAUAUCUCAAUUCAGGCCCUGGCGGUAUUGCUGGAAUAUUUGUGCAUGAACGUCAUACAAAGGACAAUUCAAAGGAGCACUACCCUCCAAGACUUGCAGGUUGGUGGGGCAAUAAUGCUAGUGACAGGUUUAAAAUGCUUGAACUGUUUGACCCCAUCAACUCUGCUUUAUCCUAUCGCCAGUCAAACCCGCUGGUCAUUGAUUGUGUCGCAUUGAAGUCUUCUCUCGAUGUAUUCGAGAAAGCCGGCGGUUUACUGGCUCUUAGAAAAAUCAGUCUUCUCUUGACUGGACAGUUAGAAAAAGCUUUAAAGAGCAGCAAGUAUUUCAUCACAGAUGACACAAAUUCUACUCAAUUGGGCUUUAGAAUUCUCACACCAAAUAACGAGACCGAGAGAGGUUGUCAGUUAUCAUUAUUGUUUCAGCCGCAUGACGAAGAACCCACAAAGAAUGUGAUGCAAAGAGUACACAAUUAUCUUCACGACCGUGGAAUAAUUUGCGAUGAGAGACGUCCUGACGUUAUACGGAUUGCCCCUACUCCAUUGUACAACACAACACGAGACGUGGACGCCGUCACCACCAGAAUACAAGAGGCAUUAGAUCUAAUUAAUCAAGGUUAG